UCAAUUUUUCUCUCUGCUCCGCCAUUUCAUUUCUUUAAGUUCCAGUUAGAAGUUCUGAGAUUUUAUUCAAAUGAACUUUGACAUACAUUUCGACACUGAGGGCAAAAUAGCUCUUUCGAGCACGACCCGAUAGUACAAAUUCCUUUUCUCUUUGGGGACUUGAUAAUUUUAUUUGGGGAAAAAAAUCGCGCGAUAGAGAAAGGUUGCGGAUGUCGUGCAUUUUCUGAACGUGUGCGAAGCCAAAGUUUUUUUUUGUAUGAGUUGAAUUCUGAUUGCGGACAGGGAGAGGCUAAGGUUAGGCCUGAAGCCUCGGAUUCGGAGUGGUAGAUAUGGCUGGGAAUUUUGACGCCGAGGACCGCAUGAGCUGGUACUGGGGAAGAUUAAGCCGACAAGAGGCGGUUUCUCUCCUGCAAGGGCAGAGGCAUGGGAUGUUUCUGGUCAGGGACUCGAUCACCAGCCCCGGCGACUACGUGCUGUCCGUGUCGGAGAACUCGAAAGUCUCUCAUUACAUAAUCAACAGCAUCAGCAGCAGCAGCAACCGGCAGUCCGGCUCAGGGCUGGCAUGUCCGCGGUUCCGCAUCGGAGACCAGGAAUUCGACGCUCUUCCUGCUCUUUUGGAGUUUUACAAGAUUCACUACCUGGAUACCACCACCCUCAUCGAGCCAAUCAGCAAGGCCAAGCAUGCUGGUUUUGUGAGCGCUGGUGGUGCCCCCCCGAGGCCAGAGGCGGUGGAGUACGUGCGUGCCCUUUUCGACUUCCCCGGCAACGACGAUGAGGACCUGCCGUUCCGCAAGGGCGAUGUGCUGCGGGUGCUGGAGAAGCCGGAGGAGCAGUGGUGGAACGCGCAGAACUCAGAGGGCCGGGCUGGCAUGAUUCCCGUGCCCUAUGUGGAGAGGUAUCGGCCAGCCUCCCCGACCUCGGGCGCCUCUUUGCCGGGCCUGGGUGGCAUCCCAGAUGGCUCUGUGGGCGGCCUGCCAGCCCCACCCUUGGGUGAGCCUGGCCCCUACGCCCAGCCCAGCGUGAACACGCCUCUGCCCAACCUGCAGAACGGGCCCGUCUACGCCAGGGCCAUCCAGAAGAGGGUGCCCAAUGCCUAUGACAAGACCGCCCUGGCCCUGGAGGUUGGUGACAUGGUGAAGGUGACCAAGAUCAACGUGAACGGCCAGUGGGAGGGCGAGUGCAAGGGCAAACGUGGCCACUUCCCCUUCACACACGUGCGCCUGCUUGAUCAGCACAAUCCCGAUGAAGAGCUCAGCUGAGAACAGUCCCCGGACCUCAUGAAGGCUCCCAGAAUUCCCUGGCCUCCCCUGUCCCCCUCGCCCCCUCCAAAGACAGCUAGCGCACACAAACACACGUGCUUGCGCACACACCCCUCUGCAACAGCCCGACUAUACUUGUCUUGGUUAACACUAUCCCUCAGCACAUAUUUCAACAACUUCCUGGUCAGCCGCCUCCCAGUUGUCUAUCCUCUGAACAGUUAAUGUCCAUCGUUCCCGUUUAUCAGAACCAGCUGAUUUGUCAAGCCCAUCGGCAAUCUUAUUGAGCAUACCUCUCCUGCAAAUACACUAAUCUAUGUAUGUAGAUAUAUGCACUGGCAACUGGAUUGAGGAUGCUAAUGCUGGAAAUGUGGACAGUCUCUGCACUGCUGACUUGUAGACCAGAUAUGUUGUCAACCCCGGGGAGGAGAGAGAGAACAAUGUUGCACCGUUAAUAUACACAGACAAGAUCCUCCUUGAGACCAGCACUGUUCAAAUGAGAUUCAUCCAAACUAGACACCACUACCACCCAAGAGGGUGAAUAGCCAAUGGCUUUUGAGCUACACAGCGCACUACAAGUGUCAAACCAAGUGUGAACAAAAUUUUUUUUUUUUUUGUAAUGAAAUGGAAAAUGUUAUAUAAAUAUAUGUACGUGCCAUUACAUGUGGGAGGAGAAAUGUGUCUGAAUUAUGUGCUCUGUGUAAUGCAUCUGUGAGAACGUGGCCAGCUUCAUAGCCUGAAGAACAUUUUUUAUUUGUUUUUUCCCCCCAGAAGGAACUUUGGGUAUUUUGUGGGAGAUUCCGCAAGGUGUAGGAUCGACCCACUGCUGCCCCACCCUGUCUGCACACCUGUGUCCGUUUGUCUGACUCGUAGGUUGGGGGAGUCCUAGUAAAGGAAGAAAGCUGCUUUCUGAAUCGUUGUACAUACGGGGGAGCAUAUGUAGAACUAGGCUUAAGAUCUCAUCCUUGUGCAUUGGUUGGCGGAAUAGUCUGCCUGUCAUGUAAUUAAUCCUUAUCUAGCUUCCAUUCAGAAUGUUUGUUUUUUUUCCCGGCUUUUUAAAAUGAUGUAGGAAAGUCAAGAAACAGAAGUCAGUUAAGUGGUGAGAAUUUCUCCUGUUUUUUUUAUUAUUAUUUUUAAUGAGGGUCUCUUGGUAAUGUUGGCCGAAAUUGCCCUCUUCUCUCUGGCCUUGUUGGAGACCAGUAUCACUUGUGAUCUUAUUCAUUGUCGUGAAUUCUCCCUGCGUAGAGUGGGAGACUUAAAAAAAAAAAUUUUUUUAAUCCUGACGUCUACAGUAUCCUUUUCCUGCUGAGUCUGGAGGAAAUCCACUGUGACUAGUUCUCCUGGCUAGUUUCAUUCUGAAUUUAACUGAGCUCUGCUGAACACUACAUACAAAUGCCGAGUUCCUGAGCAGGAGUGGGAGACCCAAAGUCCGCUGGCUGUCAUUCUACCUCAUGUCCUUAAGUAUUUAAUAGAAGUCAUUGUUUAGACCGCGAGUUGCAUUGUCUGGUUUUCCAGGUUUGAACUUGUUUUCGAAUAGAUAGGAGACACUAAGACAGAUGAGAUUGGUCUUCCAAGAUGCCUUGCCACUAAGCAACUGCAAUUAACUGAAAUCUAUAAAAUUGUCUUGGUUUGUGUUCAAAUGAUAAAUGAUUCCUUUUCGGCAUUUCGUAAUGCUACCAGUUACGGCACAUUCGAGAUUUGGAUUUAAUUUUGCUGAAUAUAUCCCUUAUACCUGUUCCACGAUAUUCCCCGCAUAUUCCUGUGUAUGAUGGUAUUGUGUGUUUAGGUAAUCUGAUGUAGUUGGCAGCUUCUGAAAAGCCAGGGUUUGCAUCCUCAGCCAGUGUUGAGUCUGGGGAGAGGCCAGCUUUUAACAUUCACCAUACCUGCCUUUCUCUACUUGGAGACAGGUGACCAGGUGACUGUGACGAGUUCUUUUUUUUUAUUCUUGGAAGUGCAGCCAAAGGCAGGGAAUCAAAUCAGGUCUGCUAUCCUCCCUUGCCCGGGCCUUAAACUCUGGUCUUCAUGGGUCCUGAACAUUGAAGUAAUGAUUAAUACAUGUAAAUGUUUCUGUUUUUGUAGGUUGUCAUUCUUCUCAUGAUUGGCGCAGGGUAUUCAGUUGACAAUUAAGCUAAAAAAUGUUUUAAAUUUUGCCUUGUCUAUAAUAAAUCACAUGCAUUUUUUUUCGGCCAUUCUCCCACCCCUAGGCUCUCUACAAGUGCUGAUACAUGCAGAAAUGCAUUUUAGACCUGGAUCUCAAAACAUCUAUUUUCUCGGUCAGCUUAAGCUGGCCUCCAUAGGAAUGGAAUAGCUAAAUGAGAUCCUGCUGGGUCUUAUGAUUUUAUCUCGUUUGGCCUGUCUCUAGGGUCCACCCCCCCCCCCCUUUUUUUUUUUUAAAUACAGCGGUUUCACUGGGAUUUGCACUUAACUCAUACAGAUAUGAAUCUGUGAGAUAUUAUGGGUAUUUGACAGGACAGAAAUUUUAAGUAUUCAUACAAAAGAAUGGCUGGUGAUAGUUGUGGUGGCUUGAUGUGCAUUGCUGGGCUUUAUCACGCUUGUAUCUCCCCUGUCAGUGUUGUUUAGCCUGUGUAGAAAACCCCUAAUUUCAGCAAGGUUCUAAGAGGCAAGCCGCCUUAGGGCCAGUCUGAGGUCAUACUUUUCUCUUAUCGCCACCUGGUGGUAAGUAGCUACAUCUUCGUCUCGGUUGCAUUCCGUUUCCCCUCUGCCUGCGUAAUCUAUUUGACAUUGUUUGCCAUUAAUACUAUAAAUAUUUUUAAGUAUCCUAUUUUUGUAAUACCCUUUUUUUAAGGCAGGGGAGGGAGGAUGGGAGAAUCCGAUUUAAUUCAAGACGUGCCAUUGUAUUAUAACACUAUAUUCUUUCAAGGCUAUUAAUUUACCUUUUUUUCAGUAGCAUGUAAUUUGUCCACAGUAUACUUAGUAAAUAAAGGCUAAUAGUAAAUAUGAA